UCCGGGUUUGAAGCUAAAGCUAGCAGCUGAGCUACAGUCAGUCCGGAGUGAGUGAGGAUGAGACUUUAACAGCUUCUUAAAACAUUUUAUUUUAUCUUCUGUCACUAGCGGAGCUGCAGCGACGCGUAGUUCGGGCGGAAACAAACCGCGAGGGGAAACGCUGAAGACGUCAGAGUAAAGUCAGGGGAAGCACACACAGGACCCAAGGUUGAGUUCGGAAGUUGGAGGCAGAUAAUACUUCUCGGCGAUGAGCAGCGGCUCUCUGUCCGUACAGAUGGACGAGGUCAGGAGGAGAGCCCAGUCCGUCCUCUCCUCCUCAGGAGUAGCCCAGGAUGUGAAGGCUGACGUCCAGACGAUGGCGGGCAUCGCUCUGCCUCUGUCAGAGAAGUACCGCCACCUCACAGCCGAGGCCAUGCUGAGGGAGAACACGGCCAGCCGCAGCAAACAGGAGGUUCUGGAGUCUUUGACUAGACUGGUCAAGGCCUUGGGUAUUCUGGAGAAGUACGGCUGUAACCUGACCUUCCCCGCCAGGCCCAGAUACUGGAGGAGCGUCAAGCACAACAACCCCGUCUUCAGAGCCACAGUGGACGCCAUCAAGGGAGGCCGCAGAGUCCUCUUUCUCUACGGUUACACCAAUCAGCAAAUCGAUGGCCUCAGUUUUCCGGAUGAAGUCAGCGAGCCGGACUCUGAAAAAGUUGCCGCAGUGACGCUGGAGGUCAUGACCUUACGCACCGAGGUGGACAUGAUCAUUAAGGGCACCCAUCCUCACCUAGAACUCUUCAAAGAUAUCUUCCCAUUUCUUGAGCAGCAGGUCGUGGCGGUGAGUGACCCAGUGGUUAUUCCGCCUGCGGAGGAGCAGCCUGGAGACAAUCCACAGGUCCUCUCUCCUUCGCCCAAACCUGCUCAGGGCCCCGUGGGACAGCCCCUGAAACCGUCAGCAGGCUCUCUCGCAGCUUGUAAUUUGUGUGGUAGCCCUCCGUCACUGGUUUGCUCCUCAUGUGACAGUCGGGCUUUCUGCGACGCAUGUGAUGGGCUCUUUCAUCGCCACCCUUCCAGAGCCAGUCACAAGAGAGACAAAAUACAGAAAAGCAAACUGGAGACCUGCGGCAUCUGUGGUGUUUCCACUGUCCAGUCUCAGUGCUCCACCUGUGUCCAGAGAUUGUGUCUGAACUGUGACCGACUGUUUCACUCUCACCCCGACCGCCAAGGACACAACAGAUCUGUCGUCGCAGCAGCCAAAACAGCCAGUCCGUCUCUGUCGCCUUGGGAGUGUUCACAUUGCACCACAGUGAACGAGAUGCGAGCUGUUCUCUGCUCAACCUGCGAACGGCCUCGACUCUCCACGGCUGCAUCCACCGCUCAAGAAAGCCCCACGUCAGUUCCUACCUCACCAAACACAAAGUGGCAGUGUAAGAGCUGCACUGUUGUGAAUCAAGGCAGCAGCAUCUUGUGUGAGGUGUGUGAGCGCCCUCGUCUGGCCACUCGCCCGCCUGUCGCACCAGUCCCGUCCAGCUCUGCAUCUCAGUCUGAUAUUAAAACAAAGUGGACUUGUCAGUUCUGCACCUAUGUGAACACCAAGCCGACUGCGGUGUGUGAGAUGUGCAGCCUGUCAUGUAAAGACUCCCCUGGCGACUCGGUGCCUCAGUCUCUUCAGCAGACUUUGUCCAUGGCUAAGGAUCAAACUCAGGCAGGUGUGAAGCCUACUGCGAAGCCCCGAGUGAACCUGGAGCUGAAGAGCCAAAAGAUGAUGAGGGAGGAUGGACUCAGCCUCAUCCACCAGAUCAGGGAAGCAGAAAAACAAGGUGUCAGCCCAGAGGAGGUGUACGCAGCCCUGUGCGUGUGCCGCGGCAGCAACGUCAACCCCUGUGAUUGGCUGACGUCAGAGCUGCCUCACCUGCUGGAUGAAAUCUGCGCUAUGGCGGCAUCUGUCCAGCUGAACUACAAGACAGGGGAUUCUGGGAUACACGCCGUGGUGGAGAGAGACGGACAGGAGAUGGUAGAGAGCGAACCCAACGCCACAGUUGAAGAUGUGAAGCUGUCCAGAGCCGAGGCUAAGCUGGCGUGGUUGGCAGCGGGAGGAGACACAGACAGGGCCGUGACGCAGCUGCUGAGAGACCGACAGGCCAAGAUGAAGGAGCUCCACUCUCUGGGUUUCCGGGAUGUGGCCCAGUGUGAGGAGGCCCUGCGGCUGAGUGGAGGUGAGGUCAAAGGGGCCUUGUCUCUGCUUCAGCGCCCCCUACUGGAGCCUUUCCACCAGCGUAUCUGGACCACCCAGCUCGAGCCACCGAUUGAUCCCAAAAACCCGGACAAACAGAGGAUGUGCAGGCGUCUGCUAGCGUUGUACGACCUGCCCAGCUGGGGGCGCUGUGAGCUUGUGCUCGCUUUGCUUCAAGAGCCAGAUGUCACGUACUCCCUGGAGGAUGUAGUUCAAGCUGUGAAGGAGUCACAUGACAAAGAUUUCAUCAGGCGUCUCCUCAACAAUGAGUGUCCGUGCUGUCUGUGCAUCUUCCCUCGGAGCAAGAUGCAGUCUCUGACUUCCUGUCAGUGCUCGGUGUGUCAUGAGUGUUUCGGUCUGCACUUCACCGUUGCUGUGAGAGAUAAACACAUCAGAGACAUGGUGUGUCCCGUCUGUGGCGAGCCGGACAUCAAUGACCCCGAACAACUGGACAGCUACUUCUCCACUCUGGACAUACAGCUGCGGGAUUGUCUGGAGUGUGAUGUGUAUGAGCUGUUUCAUAAAAAGUUGACCGAGCACGCUCUCAUGAAAGAUCCAAAGUUCCUCUGGUGCUGUCACUGCAUCUCUGGGUUUAUCAAUGAUGGAGACCAGCUGAAAGUCACCUGUCCGUCAUGUCGGAAAAGUUUUUGUACCAAGUGCAAGAAACCUUGGGAGUCUCAGCACCAGAAUCUGUCAUGUGAGCAGUUCCAGCAGUGGAAGAGGGAGAACGAUCCGGAGUACCAGAGGCAGGGCCUGGCCGGCUAUUUGAGAGACAACGGCAUCACCUGUCCUCACUGUAGGUUCCAGUACGACCUGACGAAAGGCGGCUGCAUGCACUUCAGCUGCUCCCAGUGCAGGUACCAGUUCUGCAGCGGCUGCAACAACCCGUACCACAAGACGGGAUGUAAGACGCCUCAGUGCGGUUACUCCGGUCUACAUGCACAUCACCCUCGAGACUGUCUCUUCUAUCUUAGAGACUGGGAACCACCGAGACUCCAGGCCCUGCUGCAGAGGAGCGGUGUGGAGUUCAACACGGAUCCCUCUAAUGGAACUCAAACUGAAACUUGUGGAGUGAUGGAGCAGAAAGAUGAAGGAGCUCAACAGAGCGAUUCACCGUGUGGCAUCAAGACACAGCCAGGACAAGCUGGACUCUGCGAGUGA